AUGACUGGUCGGAAUGAGCUGAUUGCCAGAUACAUUAAACUCAGAACUGGGAAGACAAGGACACGGAAACAGGUGUCUAGUCACUUACAGGUCUUAGCAAGAAAGAAAGUUCGAGAAAUCCAAGCUGCCAUCAAGGUGUCUAGUCACAUUCAGGUUCUUGCCAGAAGGAAAUCUCGCGAAUUUCAUUCCAAGCUAAAGGUGACAAGCAUGGAUCAGAGUGUGAAGGACAAAGCUCUUCAGAGUAUGGCCUCCAUGUCCUCGGCCCAGAUCGUCUCUGCCACCGCCAUCCACAACAAGCUGGGUCUUCCGGGCAUCCCACGUCCUGCCUUCCCCGGAGCAGCAGGGUUUUGGCAGGGCAUGAUAUCCACGGGCCAGCCUGGAUCCUCACAAGACAUCAAGCCAUUUGCUCAGCAAGCGUACGCUAUCCAGCCAGCAGUCACAACUACAAUCUCAAGUUAUGAGCCCCCGACAGCGCCGGCGCCCACAGUGCCCGCCUGGCAGGGCCGAUCUGUCGGCACAUCUAAACUCAGACUGGUGGAGUUCUCUGCUUUUCUUGAGCACCAGAGAGAUCCAGAUUCUUAUAACAAGCAUCUUUUCGUGCACAUUGGUCAGACAAAUCACUCUUACAAUGAUGCCUUGCUCGAGUCAGUGGACAUUCGUCAGAUUUACGACAAAUUCCCUGAGAAGAAAGGAGGGCUAAAGGAAUUGUUUGGCAAGGGUCCUCAGAAUUCAUUCUUUCUCAUAAAGUUCUGGGCUGAUUUGAACUGCAACAUUCAGGACGAAACUGGGGCUUUCUAUGGAGUGAGCAGUCAGUAUGAGAGCCCGGAGAACAUGACCAUCACCUGCUCCACAAAGGUUUGCUCGUUUGGCAAACAGGUCGUGGAGAAAGUGGAGACAGAGUACGCUCGCUUUGAGAAUGGACGCUUUGUUUACCGGAUAAGUCGGUCUCCCAUGUGUGAAUACAUGAUCAACUUCAUCCACAAACUUAAACACCUUCCUGAGAAAUACAUGAUGAACAGCGUCCUGGAGAACUUCACCAUCUUAUUGGUGGUAACAAACAGAGACACACAGGAGACCCUGCUGUGCAUGGCCUGUGUGUUCGAAGUGUCAAACAGCGAGCACGGAGCCCAGCAUCACAUCUACAGACUAGUGAAGGAAUGAAGCAGCUCUUUCACACAGACUCUGGACCUCAGUACAGUGGCAGUGCCUCUAGCUCAACACUCACUCAAGAUGAUUUUCCGUCACAUUUGGGUGAUGCUUAUAAUUAUAUAUAUAUAUGUGUUUGACGUUUAACUGCAGCUGUGAAUCGCGGUACAGUUGUAUUAUGUUUUAAUAUGGGAAAGAAUGUCAAAGAAUGCGAUUCAACAUUCAUUCAUAGACUAUACAUAUAAAGUGACAGUAUCAUUCAACUUAAGGGUUAUGUUGAGUUAGAAUGAAUCUGAAAACGACCUCAUUUUGAUUUUUUUUUUUUUAUCUUAAAAGCGUACACAUCGGAAAGCGUAUGGGUGCAGCCAUAAGUAGGAUGUAGGUGUACAGAUGAAUAUACAUUCUCACAUACGUAGGUAUUUUUCCCAAAGAAAAAGGUAUUUGAGAAAUUUCAUUCUGUAACAUUGAUUUAUUGAAAAAAGAAAAAAGAUUUUUUGUGGCCAUCGGUAAACAAAAUGUUCCUGCAUUCCGAACACUCAGAGAAUUCAGGGAAUUCAAAAGCCCAGCCCUUGAAAAGAAUUACUUUGUACACACUACUUUUUCUCUUUUGUUUAGGAAUUACUGCACUGUGAUACGAGAAGUUUAUACCAACCUGUGUCUGUUUUCAUGUGUCAUCACCUGCAAUAAGAAAACGCAGAGAAUCGACCCCUUACUGUUGACUGUACAGCUAAACGCCUCCUGCCGACACGCUUGUGUAAAAGGUAACUCUAGAAACAAGAAGCACUGUAUUAACUACCAGGGGCUGAUGGAUUAUCCAUCAGAUUGACCCGAGCACUUGGAGUGUGUUUGCCGCUGGGAAAGCCACACUUUUUACGAAGCCCAUCCCUGAACGUGCUGUACACCCGUACGUCACGGAGCACUCCUUCAUCUUCUGUAAGAAUCAGUCCCAGAGUUCCUCGCUGCCUUUGACAUCCCCACACAGCCCAUGUCUCUGUGGCCUAAUCGAUUUCUACGACUGCAAGCCUUAAUAAUGGUUGUGUGAACUCCAAAAGAUGCCACUAAAACUGUGAUCUCUUUCCUAAGCUGGAAGACUUUCUUGUUAUUGUCACAUGUUGUAGGAGUUGUACAGUACAAACCUGCCAAAGUGUAACAAUAUACAGCACAGUGCCUUAGUGUAUGAAGCGAAUGUGGAUGAGCGCAGUCGUUUUUUGGGAAAAAGUAACACUAAAGGUGUGGUCACAUUUACUGUUGCUAGGCGGAGAAAUCAGUGCAGAUGAAAUCAGUGAUUCCGAUAGGAAUUUGUGUGGUUCGCGUUGAGGCAGAAAAUUUUCCCAUGCAGAUUUUGCUCAUUUUCAAGUUGUUUUCAUGCGAAUUUGCUGAACUGACCAGAUGCUUGGUUUGAAAGUGACUUCUGUGUGAGCUGUGCUUUAUACAUCGCUGCGACAAUACACAAUGGACUUUUUGUCCACAAAAUUUCGCUGCAGUUUAGCAAAUGUGACCACACCUUAAGAUCCUACGAGUCAUCUUUAUAAAAGAGCACUGGCCAUUUGGUUGACCUUUCACUCUCAGAGACCGAAGACAUGUUUAGACAUACAGAUCUUGCCUUUCUUAUCGGAAAAGACCAAAACGUUGAAGGAGAUGCAUUGAGCUCCUCUUUAUUUCCUGCACUGUAGCAUGAAAGUGCCUUUGGUUUCCAGCUUAGAAAAGACUGAUGUUAUUUUCCGUUCUUAAAAUGAUCAAAAACCAAAAAAAAAAAUAAAAAAAAGUGGAUGUAGGUAAAAUAUUCACCACAUUGCCUUCAUAAGAAUUUUAUAGAAAAAAAACAUGGGCUAGUGAGUGGAUAUGUUCUGAAAUAAAGUUAUGUAAUAAUUAUUAAUAACACAUUUCUAUCAGCAUUUGAUUUAAUCGAUGUGGCAAACUGUCUUAUUUUUUCUUUCGAACUGUGAACUUCGGUUCCAUUCUAUGAGAGAUUUAUUUGACAUAGAGCUUUAGCUACUUUUCUAGUGCAUAAUCGAAUUGUGAAAGUGGAAAACCUUACAGCACCUGAUUGCUGAAUGGUGUUUGCUUUCCCCUUUCUUCUUGUUUCAAGCCAUUUCAAUGUCUUCUUUUUCGUUUGUGAAUAUAGUAAACACUAUAUUAAGUGACGUCAAGGUGUGUUACUCCUCAGACCUUAAAGAUAGUCAAGGAUAUUAACCGCAGAGUCACGUGUACGUUCUUUACGGACAAAGCUGGCUUCACCAAACCAUAUCAUCUCCACUGCGUAAUUUAUUCGUGCUGUUCAUUUAAGUGGAUGGAACCCUCAAAGCGUGAGAGACUAAAUUAGAUUUCCAGCUGUGUAUGUUGUACUGCUUCAAGUAAACUGUGGAGUUAUUAAGUACGCGCGAUAUCGAAACGGCAGACGGUGUUGAUUGUUUUGUGUUUGCCGUACCUUCGCCCUUCGUUCUUGUUCACGUUUCAUAUAGAGAUCUUCCUGUAUUGUUCUACAUGUACACGAUGGUUUUGUGACGACGUCAGUAUAUUCGGAGCCCGUUCGGGUGGUGAUACUGUUACUGCUGUGCUGCUGGUGCACCUGCUACGUCAGUUCCUCCUUAACCAGUCCCCUUUACUUCUCUAACGAUCUGAGAACUAAUGCCUUUAAUAUGAUGAAUGUUAAACGGACAUUGUUUUGCUAGUAACGGACACUAAGCAAGGAUUCGAGCGGAAUCCGGACUACAGUAUAUCAGCAGUUUAGUUUAUGUUUUUUGAUCUAUGUUUGUAUUUUGUUUGUAUGUGUAGGUACUGGUACCUCCUAUGUUCAUUACCAUUUAAGAUGUUGGCUUUAAAGUGAACUUUUCUCUAGUUCCGAUAGUAUCAUAAAAAGAUAUUGGGUUUGUGUGCAGAGAUUUUUUGUAAAAAGGUGCUUUGUAUAAAAUUAUAUAUUCCGGCUUUUCUUGGUACAAAGGUGUGAUAUCUUUUAAUAUCCCGGAUGAUGGAAAAAAAAGCAUUGGAGCAAGGCUGAGAGAGAAAAGAAAACCUAUUAUGUGUGUGUUCUUUAUCGCAUAUGGUCUUGUCUUUGCUCCGUAACAUUUUGAUGCCUUCUUGAUAAAGUGGUAGAUAUUUUGUAGCUUUCUAGAUUCUUUGUAUGUAUACAAUAUUGAAUAAAAUAAGUAAU